AUGGGUCUCAAAAUGGUCGUCACUUUGUUAUUUAUGUUUGUGGGUCUAAUCCAAGCGGACCCAUUUUAUUAUGUGUCGAAUUUUGAAAUGAUUGACUACUCAACAAAUCUCGAUGAUCCACAGUACAGAUUGUUGGACAAUGUACAGCCUUUGUAUUAUAAUCUCGAUCUAGAUGUCUAUCUAUCUGAGUCUAGAUUUAACGGAAUGGUUGAAAUUAAUGUAGAGGUAAGAGAAAACCUCACGCAAAUUGUUCUGCAUCAGGACGUGGUUGCAAUCGAUGCAAUUAAUGUUGUGGAUAGUGCCAACAACCCAGUAAUUCUUCAAACCCUCAGACCAUUUGAAACUGACAGUUACUAUCAAAUAUUGAAGAUUAAUUUUGCCGCUCCAAUCGUUGCUGGCAACUACACAAUUACUAUCGCCUAUCGUGGUGCAAUAAACGAGAAUCCUAUUAAUAGAGGUUUCUAUAAAGGCUACUAUUAUGUGGGUAAUCAAAAACGUGAAUACGCCACUACACAGUUCCAGCCCUACUUUGCAAGAGCAGCAUUCCCCUGUUUCGACGAACCUCAGUUUAAAAGUCGAUUUAUUAUUUCUAUCGUACGUGAUUCCCAGCUAUCUCCAUCUUUUUCAAACAUGGCCAUUGGACAAACUCAAGUAGUAUCAGAAGGACGCGUUCGUGAAAUAUUCUUGCAAACACCCAGAGUUUCAACUUACCUUAUUGCAUUUCACGUCAGUGACUUCGUGACAACUAACACCUCAGCAUCAGCUGAAAAGCCGUUCCAAAUUAUUUCUCGUCAAGGUCCUAUCAUCAAUCAACACACUUACCCAGCAGACAUUGGUAAAAGAAUUACAGAUGAAUUAGAUAAAUAUUUAGAAAUUGGAUACUAUGAUAUGGGCGAAGGACAACCUAUGAAAAAUGAUCAUAUUGCGUUACCUGACUUCCCCUCUGGUGCUAUGGAAAACUGGGGAAUGGUUAACUACAGAGAAGCGUAUCUGUUAUAUGAUGAAGAUCAUACAAAUAUUGUCGAUCAAAUUUUUAUUGCUACAAUUAUGGCUCAUGAACUUGCUCAUAAAUGGUUUGGUAAUUUGGUGACAUGUUUCUGGUGGAGCAACCUCUGGCUAAAUGAAUCUUUUGCCAGCUACUUUGAAUAUUUUGCUGCUCAUUUUGCUGAUCCAUCGCUAGAGUUAGAUGAUCGUUUUAUUCUCGCCCGAGUACAAAGUGCUUUAGUAGCUGAUGCUAGUGCAAGUGUAACCCCGAUGAAUUGGACCGACGUUGUAGAUAAUCCUUCAAUCACGGCUCAUUUCAGUACUUCCAGUUACGCCAAAGGAGCAUCAGUCUUAAGGAUGUUGGAACAUUUCGUUGGAGGUGAAACUUUCAGAAAAGCUUUAGUAUUAUAUUUAAAGGAGAACCUUUAUGGUAUUGGCUAUCCCGUAGACAUGUACAAUGCAUUUAGAAAGGCAUGUGAGGAAGAUGGUUCUUUCCAACUCACUUACCCUGGUGUAGAUGUGGGUGAAGUUUUUGACAACUGGGUACAAAAUCGCGGAGCUCCAGUAGUAAAUGUUAAUGUCGAUAUGUCCACUGGUGUCAUAUCUAUAUCUCAGGAACGGUUUCAGCUAACUGGAACUAUACCAGAUACAAUUUGGCAUAUUCCAAUAACAUGGACUCAUGGAGGGAGCCCCAAUUUCACCAAUAUUAAACCGAGCUUUGUGUUUUCUAAUAGGAGUAUGACUAUCCAAAAUACUACAGGACAUGCUUGGGUUAUAUUUAAUCUGCAAUAUACUGGUCUUUAUCGUGUAAAUUAUGACGAUCAUAACUGGGAAAUGAUUGCGUCUCAAUUGCGAAGAGAUAAAAAUGUUAUUCAUACACUAAACAGAGCACAAAUUGUCCAUGAUGUUCUUUUCUUCCUUCGAGCUGAUAAAAUUUCUGUGGCUCGUGCUUUUGAUGUACUUUCUUUCUUGAAAAGUGAACACAGUUACUACGUGUGGGAUGGCGCUUUAAGUCAACUUGAUUGGGUGCGAAGAAGGCUAGAACAUUUGCCGCAGGUUUAUGAGGAAUUUAAUGCUUACCUUUUGGAUCUCCUUGAGGGCGCAAUUGAGGAAUUAGGUUAUGAAGAAAGUACCUCUGACUCCGCAUCCGUUAAACAAGGCAGAAUGAUAAUAAUGAAUUAUGCUUGUAAUCUCGGCCACGAAGGAUGUGUUCAAGACAGUCUUGAAAAGUGGAAUAACUUUAGAACUAAUGCAAGCUACCUAGUACCGAAGAACGCCCGCCGUUACGUCUACUGCACCGGUAUUCGUAAUGGAGACGCCUCAGACUACGAAUUCCUUUUCCAGAGAUAUAACGCUUCUGAAAAUACCGCUGACAUGGUCGUUAUGUUGCGCACUCUAGCAUGUACCAAAGAUGAAAACUCAUUAAGACACUACUUAUACCAAUCAAUGUACAACGACAAGAUCAGAAUUCAUGACAAGACUAACGCCUUCCAAUUCGCUCUUAUGGGCAAUAGGGAAAAUUUGAGAAUUGUACUUCAAUUUUUGUACAACAACUUUAGAGAAAUUAGAGAAUGGUACGGCGGUGAGGCUAGAUUGAGUACUUGCAUCAACGCUCUUGCCACUUAUCUGACUUCCUACGAAGACAUUGUAGAGUUCCAAGCAUGGGUGUAUGAACAACAAAUUCCACUAGGAAGUUCGUUCAACAACGGAGUAAAUGUCAUCAACGCUGCUAUGAAUAAUAUUCGGUGGGGCAACAAUAUAGCGCUUAGCCUCGUCACUGCAAUAAGAAGUGCAUCUGCCAUAGUUACUUCUUCAAUUAUUUUAUUAUUAGUAACUUUAGUUGCACACUUGCUACAA